AUGUCCAUUGCCAAUGAGCUCGAGAAGCUGUUCGACCCUGAGAACGACGAGACGUCUUUUCGCCCUGGUCAUACCGCCCACCACACUCUGGACACGCUGCCGUAUCCGGUAGACAAGCCGCGGAAUAAGUCGAGGAGCAUGACCAUGCAGAGACCGGAAUUGGCUCUCGAUAAGUUCUGGGACGAGCUUGACAAGUAUGUCAAGAAGCACUGCUCAGAGGACUGCUUUGAUGCCUGGCAGUCCCAGUGGCCAAGACGAGAGGACCUGAAGAGGACGAAAGAUUGGGGAGAUGCCGAGACGGCUCCACUGGUCGGUCGUCUCGCUGCGGUCAACCUCAAUCUCGGUCACGAGGAGAAAGCGCCAGCAACGGAAGUGGCUCGACCGUCGAAGAAGUCCAAAAAGAAGAAGCGCAAGGCGCCAGUACCGGAAUCCGAAAACAUUGAAGACCCACGGCCAAACGAAGCUGAGGAUGACACUACACAGCCAAAAAAGCCGAGUAUCAGCAUCAGCAAGCGAGCAUGGCAAGUCUUCCAUGAUGGUCUCUCUUUUGUUCCGAAAGAAAAGAAAAAGCCCGCCGAACUUCGAUGGCAAGAUUUCCUUCAUGCAAUGACCUCGCUCGGGUUCAGUGCGACUAAAAUGUUCGGCUCCGUCUGGCGAUUUGAUCCAGGCGAGAGGCACGGUCUGCAGGGCUCAGAGGAACCCAAGGCGAAGUUACAGCCCCGCGAGCUCUUGGAUAAGUGCGUCGAGUCGACAACUCUUCCGUUCCUCCACGUGCACCUGAAGUCCGAUCGGAAGCCACGCCGCGUUUCGGACUGGACCAAACACUCGGAAUGCAGAUGUUCCAUCGGCCCUGGAGAGUCUAUACAACGCUGCGUAAUUGAACAUGAGUACCGGACCGGUCGCAUUGGCGACCAACAAACCACUUUGGUUCCUUGA